GCAAAUCUGUCACAGUGAGAACUCGGAAGCGAUCGAAUAAACGAACGAGAAAAGAAUUACAAAGAAGUUGAUGUAAUAAAGGUGAAAUUGUGAUAAAACUUGCUUCAACGACUCGGGAUAGUUCCUGGAAACGAUGGAGGAGUACGCCAGAGAACCAUGCCCUUAUCGGAUUGUAGACGAUUGUGGCGGUGCGUUUGCUAUGGGUUGCAUCGGCGGUGGCGUGUUUCAGGCGAUCAAAGGAUUUCGUAAUGCACCUUCGGGAAUGAAUCGACGGUUGUUGGGCAGCUUAACAGCAAUUAAAAGCCGUUCGCCAAUCAUUGCGGGGAACUUUGCUGUAUGGGGUGGAAUGUUCAGCACUAUCGACUGUACUCUUGUGCACUUUCGCAAGAAGGAAGAUCCGUGGAAUUCGAUCAUAAGCGGCGCUGCAACUGGAGGAAUUCUCGCGGCACGCAACGGUGUUCCAGCGAUGAUCGGUAGUGCUGUGAUUGGUGGUGUGCUGCUGGCAUUGAUCGAAGGCGUUGGUAUUAUGUUUACGCGCAUAUCUGCGGAACAGUUUCGCAACCCUGCGCCACCGACAGAUGAUCCUGCAGCGCUAGGCGACCCAGGACAACAACAAUCGACGUCUUCAGCUCCAUCGGCGUUUGCGUUUGGACAGCCGAGUCAGAGCAACUACCAAUGAAAAACUCCUGAGUGGAAUAGUGUAACAUAUUCCGAACGGUUGAUAUGAAGUAAGCGAAUAACAAGAGAGUCGCGUAAAGAUUAAGGAUGUGUACAUUAUAUGAUUAAUUUAAACUGAUGAAUGUAGGUAUGAUUGUAGUAUAAAGCUCACUAUAUCUCUAAAGAAAAAUGUUAUAGUCAAUUUUAAUGCUGCGAUCGUGAUUAUACUGUUAGCUACAUUGACUAUUUUUUCCUUCCAGAGAUGUACAUAAGAAUGUGCGAAUGUUGCCUGUUUGGUGUGUGAAAGAAGAGCAAUAAUCAUAUUGUUGAAUGUAAGAGACCUAAAAGCAUGAUUUAUUUUUAUUGCAAAUUUUUGUCGAUUGAAUUCCUUUUAUAUAAUUCAUGCAAAAGAGCAAUCCUCAAUGAAAUGACCAAUAAAUAAAACUGCUAGUUUUGUUACUGAUACGUGAAUAUUUUCAAUAAAAUUCGAUUCAAGAACUAUG